AUGCGUGUGAACUUUGCCAGUCGCGUUUUCUCUGUAGUGGAGUCCAUCUGCAAAGAGCUGUGCAUCCGUCAUCACGAGGAGUUGUCCCUUAUGUUCCCCAUUAAACGUGAAACCCUCAAGAUCAACUCACCCUUACCCGUCAUCCGGCAUGGUGCUAGGAAGACUGGUCCGCUCACCGCUAUUGGGAGCGCGCGCUCAGACAUGCCGUCGGCGCCCAAUGGUCUCAGUGGAGCUAUGUCAACCAUGCGCUUGGGCGGUGAACCGGCCUCACCAAAUCCCUACGCAACUCUGCCAUAUGGUUCUGCUACUCUUAUGCGUCGGCAGUCCGACAACUCCCUGGACGAAGAACGGUUGGAUAUUGCAAGCUAUGCAGACUGUGGCCAACGGCGGCCAGCUAAGACCGUGUUUGCAGAAGAGUGGCUGCUGAAGCCGAAAAAUGUUCAACAGAAGGCCCGAAUGGAUGGCAGCUGGCUGGACUCCUCUCGCUCUCUCAUGGAACAUGGCAUUGAACCGCCACCCCUCGUCGGUGGCUGUGGCGAACAGCCCAAACCUCCGACACUUUAUCUUCGCUUCAGGUACUACAGCUUUUAUGAUUUGAAUGUGAACUAUGAUGCCGUGCGUAUACACCAGCUCUAUGAACAGGCCCGAUCUACAUAUGAGACCGGUGCUUUAGGCUCAAUGACCCCAGACUUCACUCUGAACAGUCGUGUCGCAUCGCCGCGUUCAACCGGUGGUUCUCUAAUGCGUCUGCCAAGUCUGGGUGUGGUGUCUCCCAUGCGCCCCCUGAGUCCUCUCCAAGACUCCCCUCGACGUUCGCCAUUUCCCGAGGAGGGAGUACCCGAAGACAUGGACGAGAUUGACUAUAUGUUAACCCAGCUGGAGCAGUCCUGCAAUGUGACUCGCGAAGCGACAAACCGCAAGGGGACAAGCAGAUCUAGUGUUUCUGAGGACAGUGUAGACUCAGCUAUACCCGUCUUACAGGACUUUGUCAAGGUUUUCCGUGACAAAGUUCUUCUGAUGCGCCGCUACAAGGAGAUGUGGGCGGUGGUCAAGGGCGGCAAUCUCUACCUUUACCGGGACUCUCACGACAUGAGCACGCCAAAUGCCGUCUACACCCUCCGUGACUGUGUAGUUAACCCAGACGUGAACUCCGCCAACAUGCGUUUCGAUGCACGACUUUCGCUGGUUGCUGAUCCCGAUUUGGCUUCGGCUGCGCUUGGUACCGCUUCUGUUGGACGAAAAGGAAGAGCCCGGGAGGAAAUUUAUCUGCGCUUCCGUUCGGCAGAGCAGUAUGCCAACAAGACAACCUAUGAGCGUGAGGUGGAGCUGAAUUUGGAUCUAAUCCGGAAGCAGGCCUCUCGACCUGUGCCUUCUCUCAGCCCGACUGAUCUGGCAACCCAUUUGGAUGAUCUGACUGACUACUGUGCUGAACGCAUCAUAAAAAAAGCCAAGUCCAAGGAGGCUCUUCGACAGCGUAUCAGCGAGACUCAUGCCGAUCUGCGCGACCUCUCCUUACUAGAUGCCAAGCUCAGGUAUAUUCAGGACUGGCAACGGCUGAACCACUUCGGUCGCUCCUACUUUAUCGUGCAAUUCGAUAAGGGCAACAGUUUCGGCCUCGGUGUUAGCAAUUCAGGUCUCUUUGGAAACCCAUCUCCUCCCGAGGACAUCCUCGCUGUCCGCCAGGGUCGCAUCGAGGUCGUCUCGUCUACCUCAGAGGAAACACAAAUGGCCUGGAAUUUCACCAAUAUGCGUUGCUGGAAUGUGAACUGGGACAAUGGACGCGUCGUUUUGGAGUUCAGGAACGGAAAAGUCUCCUUCAGGCCCCUUAGUGCCAACUGCAAGACCGUUAUGGAGUGUAUCGGUGGCUAUGUUUUUCUGAGUCAGCGUACACCGGAGAAGAACCAAACCAUUGAUGAACGCGUCUUUCACAAACUCACGGGUGGCAAUGAUUAG